AGGAGCUUAAGAAGCUCGGCAAGAUGUUCGUGCCCGCGGUGGGGCCCGGGUACGACGACACCCGCAUCCGGCCUUGGAACGCGCACAACGUGCGCGAACGGCGGGGGGGCGCGUAUUACGACAGCAUGUGGGCCAAGGCGCUGGCCGCUGGCCCUGCGGCCGUCUCGGUGACCUCCUACAACGAGUGGGGCGAGGGUACGCAGAUCGAGCCCGCGAGGCCCUACACCUCGCCCAAGGGCCUCCGCCACCUGGACUACCUGCCCGACCCGCCUGGCUUCUACUUGAACAGGACGCGCGAGUGGGCAGACAAGUACAGGGCCUCAGCAUGUGCUGGGUGAGCUGGGAGCCGCGCCCGUGGCCGCAAGGACGGGGGAGGCGUUGGCUAGUCUCAGGCCAACAGCCAGGCUCGGGUAGUCUUGUGCCGCGAGCUGACAGACCACGUUGAGCACAAAAAUGUAUCCUCACGGCGGGGCCCUCCUCCAAACGGUGUACGUUUAUGCAAGACUUCCCUCGAGCCUUGGAGCUGAGUUUCUCGAGUACCCGGAUGCAGCCAGACGCCUUGAGAGAUGUACCGGCACACGCGGGCACCUCAAGACGCGCACGUUUGUUGGGAGAUAUGUCCCCCAUGCUUGUCGCAAACUUGUCAGUACUAGCGUUGGCUGUAGGGCCACUCUGAUCAGGGCGACGGCUCUUGACAACCGAUCCGCAAGCCCCGUCGCCGCGCGCCAGUGGCCCGGGCGUACCCAGGCCACCAUUGCCGCUGAGAUCAGGGGAUUGACAUCCA